UCUCACUCCUAGGCGUUAGAUGGCGCUCUUCAAUAUCGCUAACAGGAAGCGCAGAAGAAGACAAUGACCUCCUCGGCUUCCAUACCGCACUAAAGCUAGUGUGUCGCUGCUGGAGAGGAAGCGUUGAAGACGACCGCCGCCUUAUCGGCUUCCGUACCUUAUGAAAGCUUGAAGCUAACUACGCUCGGUGCUGACAUUGAAGGCACAACAACUCAACGCGGACUCUUUUCCACGAAUAAAACAGGCCGUCGCCAUGGUAACGGCCAAGCGCCUCGCCGACAUCGGCUACCGGGCCUUUUCGGGCUCCAUGAUGCUGCUGACCGUCUACGGCGGCUACCUGUGCGCCAUGCGGGGCUACCGCUUCAUGCAGAAGCAGAAGCGGCUCCAGCUGGCCGCCGAAAACCAGGACCCGGAAGUCAUUAAGGACUGAUUGGCACCCCCCCCCCCCCCCCCUCUAUUUCCUGCAGGACAUUGGGAUGCAAUGCAGUUGUUUGUAGCACAGCAGCUUUCAACAGGGAAAUAAAUGUAUAUGUAUGUGCCUGACACCUGUACAGGUAGCCACUAAGUCAUCCAACAAUAAGAAUAAGAAUAAAAAAAUCCCGAAACACGCUAAGUUCGAUGACGUCACUACACCGAGAUCUCCCGACGUAUCAGUUUUUUUGUUUUUAACGUGUGACCUCUGCAUCGUCCCUUCACCGACGGCGAGCGUUUUAUUUACUCGAAAAGGUCACGCAUGAUGCGAGCAGUCGCCGUGGUUCUGAGGCCGGCUCCUGGCGGCGCAGUGGCCGUUGGCGCCGUUCUCCUCCCGCGGCGACUCGUCCUCGGAGCUGCUCUCCACGUCGCUGCGCACGUCGCUGCACACCUUUUGAGACAUACCCGAGAGCUCACACUCAGGGUGACCACAAGGGGGCGCCUCUCACUGGCCAGACAUUUGUCAACGCUUGUCAAGACUUGCAGGAAGAAGCGAGAGAGAGAGAAGGAAGAACCGGGAGGACAAAGACGGGAGUGAAGGAAAGAUGGCACGCAGAAGACCACCCAAACGGCUUCUUCUGCAGAGAAAAAGACGUGGAAUAAACAAACAAGCGCAGAAGCAGAAUAAAAGUCGGGACCCCAAAAGGGUCAUGCAAAUGUAUGCUAAUUAAACGAUGACAUAAUUUGAUCUAAUAUAAAAAAUAUAUAAUUUUGUUUAGGGCUGAAGUGGAUUGAGAGAUUUAGGCAAAACAAAUAUAACUUAAAUGUUUUAAUUUUCUACAAAAAUGACUUUUACGUCCUGGAAUAACAAAUGUUAAACAUUCAUUUAAAAUUCAGGUAUAAAUAAAAUACAAAUAUAACAUGUAUUUACUGAAAGUACACAACCAGUCAGCCUUUAUCCCCUGAGGGUCAAAGGUGAACUUUUUAAUUACAGCCAAUGAAUGUGGUCAUAAUUAACAUUUCUGCAUGUAAAUAUCAUGUAUAAUGCUGGAAUCUAAACAUUCCCAUUUAUUGUUUUAUUGACGUGUUUGUCGUGGACUACCACAGGGGUUCUUUACCUUUUUGACCUCGCAGCCCAACUUUUCUACUACAUAGGGGCCCACUGAAUUAUUCAUCUUAGUCUUGUUUUUAGUUAUAUUUAACCUACUUACAGUUUAAUGUAAACCUUGUCAAAUGAUAUGCGUUAAUCACAAAGGUUAUUAUCAAGGCUUAGGUCAGACUGAUUACAAAAAUAAAUAUAUUGCAAAAGAAGGGAUGACAAAUACUGAUGAAAAAUAAAUGUAUAUACUAUUAUGUAGUGCAUAAUAAUAAAUAAUAUAAAUAAAUAUAUAUAUAUAUAUCAAUAAAAUAAUUACUUCAUAAAAAAUUUGAACUAAAUUAAGAAUAAUAGAUUUUUCUUAAAUAAACUGUCAAAAUGAAAAUACAGAUUCACCAAUUUAGUCAUAAUUUUUUGCGCUUUCAGUGUUUCCCAUAAACUGCCAAGAUACCUGUGGCGGUGGGGGCGUGGCUAUGGGCGUGGUCACCAUGACGUCAUCGAGUAAUUUGCAUAAUUUACUACAAUGAUAUGAUUUUCUCUAAAAAUGUAUACUUACUAAUUAAUAAUAACAGUUUUGUUUUAAACGUCCAUCCAUCCAUCCAUUUUACAAUAUAAUUACAACACUUUAUGUACAUAUUUAUAUACAGAUUUGAACAAUAACUUAUUCACUGAAAUAUAUUUAUUAAUUGUGGUUCUUACAAAAAAUAUAUCUUAUAAAAUAUAAAAGCUAAAAUGUCUCUUAAAGCUCUGCCCCUUUAAUUAGUGCAUACUAAAUAAUUUAACUUUAGCCUACUACUACAACCAUAUUAUUUACCAGCAACAUAAAGUGAAACAGAGGCAGAGGUGUCCUGCCACAGUCAGUAACAAAUAAACAGAAAACAGUAGUGGUCAAAUACAAAUAAGGCAACAAGACAAGUAUCCUACACUUCUCUUUUGUAAAGUAAAUGUGAACAGCCUAUAUGGGCAUCUACAUCAACUAUAUGAUUUGCCUGAGAAGCUGGACAGGACAAAAAAAUAAAAAAAUAUUUUUUAUUUGUGGCGGACGUA